AUAUUGUCCAAUUCAUUACACACAGGAAAAAACAAAACAAGAAAUGGCAUUAUUGUUUAAAAGAGGAAUUCUGAGUCAGCUUUUAUUAAGAGGAAGACAGUUAACGACUAAGCUCUCUACCAAGGGGAUGCCAGAAGCUUGUCUAACUUGUGCCAAUGAAAGUCGUUAUUCUGGAAGCUGGGGCUACAGGCGGAUCCACACUUCCAAAUUUUUAUCGACUACGAUAGAACUAACUUACAAACGCCUACCGGAGUUGAAACGUGGACCUUACGCCGAAGUUACACAGAAGGACAUUGAGUAUUUCGAGACCAUCCUUGGAAAAGGUGGGGUUAUUACGGACAAAGAUGAACUUGAAGGAUAUAACAUUGACUGGUAUAAAACGUGCAAAGGCUGUAGCUCAGUCCUACUAAGGCCAAGAACGACAGAAGAAGUUUCCAAACUUCUUUCUUACUGCAACGAGCAGAGUCUCGCCGUAUGUCCGCAAGGUGGCAACACUGGGCUAGUAGGGGGCAGCGUUCCCGUAUUUGACGAGAUUAUCAUGUCGACCUCUUUAAUGAACGAAGUUUUUGACUUGGAUCAAAUGUCUGGUGUACUGGGAUGCCAGGCAGGAUGCGUUUUAGAAGUUCUAGAAAAGUAUGUAGGAGAACGGAAUUAUAUGCUACCGGUUGAUUUAGGAGCGAAAGGCAGCUGCCAAAUUGGAGGAAUUGUGUCAACAAAUGCAGGUGGCCUUCGUCUGGUGCGGUAUGGCUCUCUUCAUGGCAACGUUAUAGGUGUGGAGGCUGUUCUACCCAACGGGAACAUUGUUGACUGUAUGUCACAUGUUAGGAAGGACAACACAGGUUACGACUUGAAGCAAUUUUUCAUUGGCUCCGAAGGAACUCUUGGCGUGGUGACCAAAGUCGCACUACUCUGUCAUCCGACUCCUUCGGCUAUAACAGUGGCGUUUAUUGCUUGCCCUACAUUCGAAGCAGUCUUAAAAACUUUCCGAUCUUGUCGAGAAAAGCUUUCUGAAGUUCUAUCAGCGUUCGAAAUGAUGGAUGGCGCCACAAUGGAAGCCAUUGAACAGAACGUCAGUCUUCGAAAUCCAAUUGGUCUUAGCCCUUUCUAUGUUCUGAUUGAAACCGUGGGAUCCGAGCAAGAACACGACGAAGAAAAAUUAGCUUCUUUCUUGGAGACCGCGAUGGAAAACAACAUAGUUACCGACGGAACAAUGUCUUCUGAUCCCGGGCACGUACGGGAAUUAUGGGACGUGAGGGAACGUGCAGCCGAAGCUCUGCUUCACGACGGUUACGUCUACUCUUACGAUCUCUCCCUUCCGUCGAAAGCCUAUUAUCAUAUUGUACCUGUUAUGAAGGACAGAUUAGGGAGCAAAGUGAAACGUUGUGCAGGAUACGGACACGUGGGAGACGGAAACUUGCAUCUUAACAUCACGACUCAAGACUACGACCCGGAGGUUAUAAAGCUGAUUGAACCCUUCGUUUACGACUGGACAACGAAGAACGGCGGCAGCAUCAGCGCCGAGCACGGAAUGGGGAUAAAACGUUGUCCGUACUUAUCGCUCGCCAAAUCUCCGAAUUCCAUAAAACUGAUGAAAGACUUGAAAGCUUUAAUUGAUCCUAAGUGCAUUUUGAAUCCGUACAAAGUCUUCCCUUACGAAGUAAACAGCUUCAGUGAGUUCUAAAAAAAAACCUUCACGUAAACAAACGUACAUUUCCAAAUUAAAGAAAGUUCGGAUCUUGUUAGAAACAUUUAUGAAGUUAUUAAUAUUUUUAGAAUCUCACGUUAUUGUUUAACAAUAUAACUGAAUGCUUGAUUUACUAAAUACAGUCGUAAUUUCAUCCUCGUGAUAGAACUGUCCAACUUCUAUCUUUGUUAAUACAAUUCUAUAUAGAUAUCGGGUUAUUUGAGAAAGAAGGAAUUACGGGUAACUUUUAUCCUUUUUUGAUUUAUGAUUUGUAACUUUUUAAAAAAAACAAACAUAUAUUUUUAGAAGCUAUUCACAAGGUAAUGCGCAUAAAGUUGCAUCUAGUGACAAUUAUUUCGAGUAUCCAAGAUGGCGACAAAUUUUCCUUCACAGAAUAAUAAAUAGUUCAUGAUACACAAGCCAGGCGUUCCAGAACGUGGGAUUUUGACAUAAUUAAUGGAUAACAUUCGGUCCUUCAAAGAUGUCCUUGUCCACCCACUCCAGAGGAAAGUGAAUAUUUAAAUCCUUCCUUUAUUUUUUCAAGAAAUCGUAUAUUCUUCUUAUAAACUCAUUCCAUAAGCCACGUUAGAAAACUCAAAUUGUCUUAAUUGGAGCCUAGCCUGUCUUUUUUUAACAUCUCCAAUACACGGGAGUACAAUGUCUUCAGCAAACUUGACUAUCAGUCUCAUCAAUGUAAAUAAAACGGGAAAGGCCCAAGGACUGACCCUCUACUAGUAACAGUGGUCCAAACUGACUGGAUAAUAAUAAUAUAUUGCUUUCUCCUAUUCAGCCAAUUUACAAUCCAAUUAACCAGUCGUAUCCCAACCCCUUCCUAUGUAGUGUCCUUAGCCAAUAUUUUGUGUGGAACUUUAUUAAAAGCAUUUUGAAAACAUAACUGCAUGAAAUUUGUGUACUUUACUUCGUCCACAUGACAAGUAACAUUCUAAAAAAGUAACAGAUUAGUAAGACAACAUUUCCUUUUAGCAAAUUCAUGUUGGACUUUCGUUCAUUAAAAUACAUUUUACUAAAUUAUUUUGUAAAUGUUCUUUUACCAGACUAGAAUUUUUUUCCUCUGUAGAAGUAAGACAAUAUGGCCUAUAAUUUCCAUCACCCCUUUAAAAAUUAGAAUACCUAGGAAUUCUUCAAUCCUCAGACACCAUCCCACUGUCUAUUGAUCUACCAAAAACGAGAAAGUCUCAUAUUUGAUCUUUUAAAACAUGGUUUGCUGCUUUAUUUUUAAUCUUUGUCUUUCUAUUUACCUUCUCUGGAUCAAUGUAUGCAUGGUGUUACUUCCAGUAUUCCCCUAGGAUGCUCAGGAAUAAUGCUUAUGGUGUUACUUCCGGUAUUCCAUCUAGUAAGUCUUCAACAAAAACCUUGCAAUCAACAUCCUUAAGGUCGUAAUCUCCAUUUUAACUACCUCUAAAUUAGUUUUAAAAAAUCUUUGCUGCUUAUAUGUUGCUUGAAAUCUGUUAGAGCUUCUUAGUGUUGUGAGUUUAAUUGUUUACCGAAUGUGUACGGGUCGGACUGACCCUCGUAUUGUAGAAGGAAUAUUAACUAUAAUUCCAACUUUACUAUGUGUAUCUACAGGGAAUAUGGCAAGGUUUUAAUAACAUGUUCAGGACUGUUUUAUUAUAGAAGUAUUUGUAUUUAAGGUUAUGUCUGUGAAAUCAGUCUGACUCAAACUCGGUGCUAGUUACAGCUCUGGUAACAGUCAAUUCCGCUAUUUCAUUAAAGGUAGGCGGUGGGUACUGCUGAUGGUUGACUUCCUUCUGCUCAUCAGUUCUAAAUUAGGGACUGGUAUGCCUAAUAUUUGAAGCCCGAACUGGUUAUUCAGUCCAUGUGCUGUACACGAUGUUGUUCAGGGCACCACCAUUGAACAAAGACGUUUUUAUUAUUUAAAUUUUAUGUUUUAAUAUUUGGCUCUUUUCAUUUUGCCAAGUUUAUCAUAGUUACCAUAGCUAUUGUAAAAUAAAUAAUUAUAAUAUUAUAUAAGAGCAUCAUUAAUUCAUUGAGAGAUAAUUGAUGUAUGAUGAAUUGUCAUGUCUGAAGAAUUCCCUGUUUCGUUGGGCUUGUACGUGCACUGAUUUGCAAGUUAUUUGUAUAUUUGAAGUUUGAUGGUCGAAAAUUAACGAGUAAUGAAUACUUCAACAUGAAGUAUUUGUUUUCAAUGUAAAAUAAAAUAGUUUGAGAUUGUUGGCUGUUAACGAAACAAAUGAACAACGUGGUUAAUUAGAAUAACAGUCUAAUUUACAAAUGGUUACCGUGGCAAAGACCUACUCAGUGUCAAUCAUUUUGUGCCACUAUGAAAAUAAUGUAAUUAUUAAUUCUAGCGAGGUGAGAGCUAGUAUUUAUGAUUAAGCAAGCCCAAAAGACGGUUAUACUAAACGAUAUAGGGAAAGGUGCGUAAAAUAUAAGUAUUACAAUAAUUAAUAAAAAUGAAGGAAUGCAAACGUGCACCCACACAUGAUAUUUAGCAUCUCUGGAAUGGUGGAAAGGGAAUAAAAUAAGAGGUGCCAGUUUUUGUUAUUGAUUUUUACUGUAUUAUUUGUACUUUGAUUGAUUAUGUAAUGAAACCAUUCAUUUCUGAACCACGAGAAAAUAGUUUGGAGUAUCGUUUAAGGAAAAUUUGAAAAAAAUAAUUUCAUGUUUUAGAAAUACACAGAAUUGAGCAGGACAAAGAUUCAAUAAAACGUAAGAUAUAUAGAGAUAAACAGACGAUUCUGUGUAUUGAUUAUUUAGUGUAUAACGCCACCUCUCCUUCGUUUGACAGUGUUUGGGUUUAUUAUGUGUCAGAAUGUUGAAGACAUUGAGUAAUUUACAUGUUUCUCAAUAUGUAUCUCGGUGGUCGAUGCCUCUAUGGUAAUUAUACAUAAAGUUACGGUCCUUGGUUCGAAUUGGGAGUGGGGCUCAUGCCACGUAACCUUGAUUAACCUUUUCGAUGUGUAUGUGCUGUAUUUGUUUUCACAAGUAUUAAAAGUUAUCAAUUGUUAUAAGUUUU